CAGAUUAAAAUGUCCAAGACCAAGGCCAAGGCCAAGGCUCAAAAGGGCGCCGACAAGGCUGCCGACAAGACACUCACCAAGGUCAAGGAUGGUGGAAUUACCAAGCCGUCGCAGACUCCUAAGGCCAAGAGCAAGGAAAUCGCUCGGAAGCUUAUCGCCAACGAAGAGAAAGCUGCUAGCAAGAACAGGAAGAAGAAGGGGCCGACUCCUAGCAGCUCCGAAUCUGAAUCGGACAGCGACGAGGAGAUGGCCAGCGUGAGUUCUAGCAGCGAGAGCGAAAGCGAGAGCGAGGUCGAGACCAAGAAGCCGGCCAAGGAGGGCGCGAAGGCAUCUAAAGACACUGCUAAAGCUAAGCCUGUCGAGUCGUCCGAGUCCGAAUCUGAAUCUGAAUCCGAUUCUGAGUCUGAAUCAGAGUCCGAUGAGUCGGAUUCGGACUCUGACGAAGAGUCCGCCGAGGACAAAGUUGCGAAGAAGACCGGAGUCAAACAGGCUAGCGAGGACAGCGAGGAGUCUGAAUCCGAGGCUGAAUCUGAGUCCGAGUCAGAGGCCGAGUCCGAGUCCGAAUCUUCCGAAAGUGAGGAUGAGGCUCCGGCCAAGGUCAAGAAACCUGAGCAGCCCGCAAAGGUCAAUGGGGCCAAGGUUCGUCGACUUCGAUCACUUCUCUGA